AUGAAAGCACACCUUGCAAACAUUUGUCCUAAUGCUCCUAAAGAUAUGAAAGAAUAUUGGCAAGAGUCACUUUCAAAUAAAGUUAUUAAAUAUAAAAAAGAAAGUGAAACUGUGCUUGAUUGGUGGUUUAUAUUUGAUGAUGAAGAUGAUGAAAUACCUUUAGUGAAACUCACUAUUAAAUUGUUUUCAAUAAUGCCUUCUCAGGCAGGAUGUAAAAGAAACUUUUCUAUAUUAGGAUGGUUUUAUGGAAAUAACUGA